AUGCCGCACGCGUCCAACGGCCACGUGCCCUCCGAAACCUCGCCGCUCCUGCCCAAGCACGAUGCCGACGACCUCCAGCACAUCCCGCCACAGCCCAUAGACCCCAGCGCCGGCCUGGUCCCCGAGGGCGCCGACGCCAAUGGCUCAUACGAAAUCGACGAGGACGAAUAUGCCACCGAGGACGCGGCCACCGAGGAUGGCGGCGACCUGGAGAGACAGCUCAGCAACAUCGACCGCAUGAAGCAGUACCAGGGUCUGCCCGAUGUCAAGGCACGCAUGAAGUAUAUUAUGCCGGCGAUAGCGGUGGGCAUAUUCCUGGCUGCGGCGGACCAGACUAUCAUUGUGAGCAGCUACGGAAGGAUUGGUUCGGAUUUGGGCGCGUUGAGCAACACGUCCUGGAUUGCUACGGCGUAUUUCUUGACCCUCACGUCCUUCCAACCCCUCUACGGCAAGCUCUCCGACAUCUUCGGCCGCAAAUCAUGCCUCCUCUUCGCUUACACCAUCUUUGGGAUCGGAUGUUUGUUCUGCGGUCUUGCCAAAGAUAUAAAUCAGCUGAUUGCCGCGCGAGCAUUUGCCGGCAUCGGCGGUGGCGGCAUGACAACCGUUGUGUCCAUCCUAAUGUCGGAUGUGGUAUCGCUGCGGGAGCGCGGCAAGUGGCAGGGCUACAUCAACAUCAUCUUCGCCUCUGGAGCGGGUUGCGGUGCACCGCUGGGCGGAAUCAUGUCUGAUUUCAUCGGCUGGCGAUGGGUCUUCCUUGUACAACCGCCGCUCUGCCUCGUUGCCUUCGCGGCUGUCAGCUUUGUGCUCAAGCUCCCCAAGCAGGAUCACAGUCAUUGGAAGGAGAAGCUGCGCCGCAUCGACUUCCUGGGCGCCAUUGUCCUGAUCUCGGCAGUUUUUGCGCUGUUGUUAGGUCUCGAUCACGGCUCAAAUGUUGCGUGGUCAAAUAAAAUGACUAUCAUCGCACUCAGCUGCUCGCUGCCCCUCUUCCUCAUCUUCAUCUUCGUCGAGAUCAAGAUUGCCUCAGAGCCGUUCGCGCCAGGCCACAUCAUCUUCGAGCGCUCCCUCGUAGCAUGCUACUUCUGCAACUUCUUCUCCUUCAGUGGCUACAUGGCCGCGCUGUUCUACGUCCCGCUGUACUUCCAAGUAGUCGACGGCAACACGGCCACCGAAGCCGGUGUGCGCCUCAUCCCUGGCAUCAUCGCCGGCGUCUCCGGAAGCCUGUUUGGUGGCUUCUACAUGCAGCGGACAGGGAAAUACUACUGGAUCACAGUGUGCGGAUACAGCGGGCUUGUCGUCGGCGCCGCCACGAUCCUGCUCUCCACAGGCAUCCUCGCCAGCACAACCCUCGGCAUCAUUAUCGGCCUCAUGAUCUCCGGCUUCUCGAACGGCAUUGGCGUAACCACCUCGCUCAUCGGCCUGAUCGCCAAUUCCGCGCACUCAGACCAAGCCGUCUCGACCGCAUGCUCCUACCUCUUCCGCAGCCUGGGCUCCGUCUUCGGCGUCUCGGUCGCAGCAACCCUAGUCAACCAAUCGCUGCGGGCACGACUUGAGACGGCACUGGGCGCCGGCGACGAGGCCGCGCAUAUUGCUGAGCGCGUGCGCCAGAGCAUCGAGUAUAUCCGCACGCUGGAGCCGGGCGUCAGGGAACUGGUCCGCACGUGCUAUGCCCAGAGCACACGGUAUGCGUUUGCGCUGCAGAUUGCGCUGGUGGCGGGAGCGGCGGUGAGCGCGUGGUUUGUGAGGGAGAAGAAGCUGAGUCGCUAA